UAAACAAAGAAGGGUCAAGGGAGUCAUAAAAGUACGAAUUAUUAUUAUUACGCGAUAUACACACUCCUCGCAUUAGAACGAACUGUAUUAAGACAAGAUGUCGAGUGAUAUAAAUAGUUUUCCAACGAACUAACCCAAAAUAAUUUUACCGGUAUCGUUCAAUAAGAAACACCGCGUCUAACCUAUCGCGGUCGAUAACCAUCUAGGUAAAGUUUCAGUUUAUGGCCUCCCUUUGGCUUCGAAACAGGAAUACGUGUGGACAUCUGUGCGUGCGGCUAGCACAACUGUCGUGUACGUGAGAGUGCAUGCGUGGGUGUCGCAGCAGGCGUUUCUUUAUGAAUAGAGAAAUAGUGCUCGCGACUUGAGUGCCUUGUGAGUCGGUAGUGUUAAUUUCUCAGUGAAAACUUGUGCCGGAAUUGAGUAAAAAAAAAAUUGGAGUCGUACGCGACAAAAGAAGCGUUACCGACCGCUCAUCGGAAUUGAACGAGCAACAUCAUUAAUGCACGCGUGCUAGACACCGAGGAACGGGGAAGGGGCAACAAAAACACCUGUAUAUCGAAUAUACAGGUACACAGGAGACAUCGCGGGAAUGAAAGCAGUCUCGUCUCGAUAAUCGCGAAAAUCACGAUGGAGGGGUCUUUACCACCGGAAGCGUCGUGCAACAUCGCCUAACCGUGAAGAUUUCUUACGUCGCGUCGCUUUUGUUCGAUUCCUAAGGGCUUCGAAAGGCAAAUAGAACGCGAGAUCGUGCAUCGGCGAUUUAGUCUGGCCGGUUCAUCCGUUUGGCUGGUCGUCUACCCCUUCUAAACCGUCCUGACACAACGUUUAACGGGGGUACAAAAAGAAUAAACAUGGUGGCGGCGCGAGAGAGAUAGAAGACGCGGCGUGGCGAGAGGAGGGAGAAAGAGAGUCAGCCAGCCAGCUAGCCAGCCAGCCAGUCAGUGUGCCAGAAGCGACGAACUCCGCUUCGUGUCGUCUUUGUUUCCAUGAAAAAAAUUCGUCGUUCCUGUACACAUCCACCCAUUUCUCCGAUUCGUCUGGUUCUCAGUGAACAAGCACCCGGAUACAGGAGUCGGAACGAUUAAUGCCGAGAGAACUGAGUUUCACUUGUAAACAGUUAUCAAGGUGCGGCCACGUUCUUCGUGUUCGCGGUGUUUGCUUCGAUUUUCAUGCGUACGGGGUCCACGACCGAGCGUGCGAGAAAUUCAGUAUAUCGUCUGGCAACACGGUGGCUCGAUUUCGGCUUGGAGCCGCCGCAGGGGUGAUAUGAUAUGUCGGUGCCGGUGGAAUUUCGCAUGAUUCGAUGCCGGUGACGAUGACAAAGUUUCUUUGAAUUCGAUCGUAUAGAAUGUGAACGAUUCGGCGACAAGCACGCGCGAAUUAUCGAUCAAUUCCUCGACGCAUUGUAAAUAGAAGAUAUAAUGUUCAAUCGAUACCACGAAUAACUGUUCUCGCGAACACUCGAAAAUUUCUUUCAAUCGUAAUCACGCGAAUCGUAAAGUCUCGGGAUGCGAAGAAUUACGGUCGUUGAAAUGUAUCGACAAACAUCGACGAUCGAGAAUCGUGCACGACGAGGACGCGUCUGAUGACGAAAAUCCACGGAUCCUUGCGACGAGUCGUCCGAUACGAAUCGUAUGGCGCUUCUGGUCAGUGAUUACGGUUCGAGAAAGGCGAAUCUGUCGGAUAGCGUCUAUCGAAGCGGUGAAGAGCGAUUCGCAAAGUCAAAGAUACGCGCACGAGUUUCCAUUGGAGAUAUACGUUUCGCGGAGCAAAGGAAAAGGUUCGAUGGAGCGAAGUGGUCAAACUUGGUCGGCCCGGUGCCAAUAACUUCCGGUUAGGAGGUAGACAGUUUUCGCACGAUGCGUUUGCCCUCGUGCACGAUAGAUUAUAAAAUUAGACGUUCGAAAGCUCGCACGAAGGUAAAAGGAGCACAUCGUUUCCAUGCGGUAAAGAAGGUGGAGACACUGGCUGGUGGUAACGAGCGAAGGGUCAAGCGACGAAGGGAAUUAAUACGAGUUGGAUGAAUAAUUCCCAGGGGGGUAGACAGCUGUGCGUGGUCGGAAGUGACGUCAGACGGUGGGUUCAUAGUUCCUCUUAUUUUUCUCAUUCGUGCGUCGUGGCCGUGCCGAGGGGUGCGUUCUCGUGACGAACGAAACCACCCGAACAAAGAGAAUAGAAAAAAAUAGACCCAAGACACCAACCGGAGGGGGUCGGUCAUCAUACCGCUCAUAUCGUCGCCAAGCGAAUUGCGUCGCAAUUUCUAGUCCGCUGCAUUUACAUCGAGUCUUUUUUUUUUUUUCUCGACAAAAUAUUUUUAGACGAUCGAUUUUAUUUCGAACCGCACGUGUGCCGAGUCUUCACGCUCCGGUGUUUUGGGAUCGAGAAACAUCCCGUCGAGUGAUUUCUAACGAGUCCGACGCUGCGCACUCGUCGAGGGGCCCGUCCGUCGGGAACACGUUUGGCCACGUUUCGAGAGAGACAUAAUUUUCGAACUUCGUCGCACUGGAACAAAACAGAAAAAGAAAAGAAGCAUUUCACGCAUUCAUAUUUCGACACAGACGAGAACGAGACUGAAAGUAUCGCGUUAAUUAGUCGAUUAAUUUAUUUAAAAUAAAAUAAAAAAGAAAAGAAAGGAAAGAAAAGAAACAUAGAACCACGUAUCGUCGCGAAGCGUCCGUUCGACGGCAGAUGAAGCUUCGCACCUUCCCACGAUAAAUCGACCGUGGAUCCGCGAAGUCUAGAGAAUUUCUACGAGACGAGCUACGUAUAACGAUUCUGCUCGGCUAGCGUUAACCAUAAUGAACCAACAUGUUUUAUAUCCAAACGACAAUACAUUGUAACGCGUCAGAGAAUAUCGCUAGCGUGGGAAUAACGAGACGUUGAGAGGGCACAAUCAUAUAUUUGCGAUCGAUGGGUCCGAUUGUUCCUUAUCUUAUCUGUACGAGUAAUCGUCGAACGGUCGCGAUGACAAACACCGAGGUAUCGUAGAAGACGGAAGUGGAUCUCUCGGAGGUAAACUCUGUUCGAAAAGAAGACGAGUAAACCACACGCUUCUAAAUCACCGUCAAAUGGACACAAAUGACUAGCUUAACGAUAUCGGCAAGCACAAUCGAGAUGCCCCUGUCAAGACCGAAUUCGUUCGUACCCGCGAGCACGAUGCUGACGCAGACGUACAUCUCGUCGAACGAGAACAAUCAUCUGCCACCGUUGAAGGCCAACAAGCCCUUCACGCCGUUGGUCCUGAAGCAGCCCACCAGCGAGUCGUCGCCUAGUCACUUGGCUCAUCCCGGUCACAUGGUCGGCACUCACCUGCCAAGCUUGAGCUCGAGCGCCAACAACAGCCUGCUGAGCCUGAUCGGGAACUCGGACAGCCUGAAUCUCAGCCUGGGCUCGUACACCAGUCACAAUUCGAGCCACAAUUCGAGCCACAAUUCGAGUCAAAAUUCCAGUCACAAUUCCAGUCACAACUCGCACACGCAGCCCAACAGUCAGACGAGCACCGCCCUGGUGAAGAACGGACGCGCCGACGGUAGUUCCAGCGGCACCGCUAGCGGCAAAGCGAGGAGACUCGCCAUCACUCCUGAGGUGGCGUUGAAGUUAUUCUCGGACAAGCUCACUCCUUACGAGCACACCGAGGUCUUCGCCUACCCGCAGAUAUACUUCAUCGGGUCGAACGCGAAGAAAAGGCCGGGCAUCAUCGGCCGACCGAACAACAACGACUACGACAACGAUCAGGGUUCCUACAUCCACGUGACCCAUGAUCACGUGGCCUACAGGUACGAGGUGCUCAGGGUGAUCGGCAAGGGUUCGUUCGGUCAAGUGGUGAAAGCGUACGAUCACAAGAUGCUGGAACUCGUCGCGUUGAAGAUGGUCAGGAACGAGAAGAGGUUCCAUCGUCAGGCUCAGGAGGAGAUCAGGAUAUUGAGGAAGCUUCGGGAACAGGACAAGAACGACACGAUGAAUAUUAUACACAUGUUCGACUCGUUCACGUUCCGUUUCCAUACGUGCAUCACCUUCGAAUUGCUCAGUAUGAACCUGUACGAGCUGAUCAAGAAGAACAAGUUCCAGGGCUUCAGCAUGCAGCUCGUCAGGAGGUUCGCGCACUCGUUGCUUCAGUGCCUCGACGCUCUCUACAAGAACAAAAUCAUUCACUGCGACAUGAAGCCGGAGAACGUUCUUUUGAAGCAACAGAGACGGAGCGGCAUCAAGGUGAUCGACUUCGGUUCCAGCUGCUACGAGAACCAGCGCGUGUACACCUACAUUCAGAGUCGGUUCUACCGCGCCCCAGAGGUGAUCCUCGGCGCGAAGUACGGUAUGCCGAUCGACAUGUGGAGCCUCGGAUGCAUAAUCGUCGAGCUGGUGACGGGUUUCCCUCUGUUGCCCGGCGAGGACGAGGCGGAUCAGCUGGCCUGCAUAAUCGAGCUGCUGGGCAUGCCGCCGCCUCGGUUGCUGGAAUCCGCGAAACGGUCCAGACAGUUCAUCAGCUCGAAAGGUUAUCCGCGGUAUUGCACCACCGUAACGAUGCCGAACAACUCGAUCCUAUUGAGCGGCGGUUACUCCAGAAAAGGUAAGCGCCGCGGACCACCCGGCUCCAAGAAUCUUCGACGGGUGUUGAAGGACUGCAAAGACGUGCACUUCCUCGACUUCAUCGACCGCUGCCUGGAGUGGGACCCCGACCAGAGGAUGACGCCCAGCACAGCCCUGAAGCACGACUGGCUGCGUCGCAGGUUACCAGAGCCACCCGAGAUGACCAACAACAACGCUCUUCCAGCGGUUCCGGAGGCUGUCGCGCCCCCAGCUUCCGCCACCAGGUUGCGUAUCUCGGGUUCGGGCAGCAGGAGCUCGAGCAAGUCGAACAACGCCGCGCAGACGAAUAACGCCGAGCCCACGAACAAGUCAGGUACGGCGGUGACGACGAAUCACCAAGCGGCCGUCAGCAAUCAUCAGCCGCUGAACUCUGGUGCCGGUGGUGGUGUUGGUGGUGGUGGUGGCGGUGGCAGCGGUAGUACUAGUGGCGAGCAGCCACACGGCCAUCAAUUGCAGGGACAACAGCACAAUAACGGUUCGCGCGGCUCCCAUGGAUCGCACGGAUCCUCGCACGAUAGUCACAGCUCUCACGGCUCCUCGAGCGGAUCGAGCAGGCUGGUGAUCAGGAGUAUCAAGGACCUCCCCGAAGAGCUGAGACGAUUCAAAUGAAACACGAGGCCACCCUUUCUCGGUUCCGACGCGCUCGGUAUCGUCAUGUCGUUUUCGUUGCUGGUCCACACGCAACAACGCUACGCCACGGUGGGAAGCGAUCGUCGAGGAUUGACCGACGACGGCGCCUUCUGCGUGUGGUAACGUUGCUCGACGAGGUUUGCUCAGAGUUGAACGAGAGAGGGUGGCCUCGGCGUCAACCUCGGUUAUUACUGUGAUCUAAGCGAUACGUUACUGAAACGCUGCUAACGAGGGACUAGAGCUCGGUCGCGAUACCCUCGAAAUCAACACGGUACCCUACGCUUCUGCCACGCGUUGUGCGCCGAUCCGUUCGUCCGACAUCCUCGUCGACCGUUGUUCGUUGAGUAAUCGAGGUCCCGUAAUAGAGGAAUCGACUUGGGAACUUUUGACUUUCCCCAACAAGUACCCAACUUCAACGAACGCUGUCACACUCUCGAGCAUCCUAGCUGCCCUGGACGAGGCAGGAGGGUUGGAUGACUUCCUUUGGAUAGAACACCCGGCGAAUCUUCCAAGUCGAUUCUUUCCAUUGCCUUACCUCGAUAGACGUUGCAUGCGACGAUUAAUAAUUUUGCGGUCGACCCAAGAUCGGAUUUGCGUGACGUCUGUGCACCCGUUGCUCGUCGCGUCCUAGUAUCGAGGUUAUUGUGCCGAGGGAAGCCGAGAACCAAAGAUUUGCGCAACGUCGAUGAAUCGAUUUCUCCGGUAGGCGAAGAAGGGUUAUUCGGUUGACGGGGGCUGACAGGACGACCGCGAUGAAGCCUGAUUUGGGACAUCAACGCGUUAACCAACGUCUCGCGCACGCGCGACGCGAGCCUCUCGAGCGAGCAGGAAUCUAAUAAUCAAAGGGCAUGUGCCUCGCUGAAUAGAGUCAUCUGGCCUUUUUAGGUCAGAGGAUCUCCCCCUUCGUGACGCUAUCGAUAUCGAGCAGAAGAGAACGUUGAUUUUCCGUUCCGACCGAACAAGUACUAGUUAUCGAUCAAAGGAAGCCCAAGUUGUCUUUCGAUUCGAGCGGAGUAGACUGAAGCGAUCUCCCGGAGUGAAUAAAUUCCCUGUAAAAACGCUCGAGCCGCGACAUUGUAGAAUCGACGGGAACGCCGUCGAUCGAUGCGCGACUACUUGCUUUUAUUCUCUCUUUUUUUUUUUUUUUUUUUUUGUUACGUUUCGAAUAAGUAUUUUAGCCGCGUCAAUUUGUAAAUUAACCAACGACGGACUUCGAGAAACGGGAAUAAUCGAAGUCGAUCGGUUCGGGGUAUCCCUGCGAUCGUGCCUCUUCCGCGUUGAAGUAGACUGUACAGAGGAAUUGAAACUGAAUCCAACUCUGUCGAUUUGAGAGGUACACGCUACGCGCAAUUAGUCAUUUAUACGAGUCGAACUAAACGGUCUGUCUUUAGGUUCGAUAAAAAAGACACGGUUGGAUAGUUAACCUUUUUGAACCUUGUCUUUCUCGUUCUGGGCAUGACUAGAUUAAUCGUGUUUUCUUUUAAAGUCUUCUGAUUCGUACUUCUCUCUCUCUCUUUUUUUUUUUUAUUUUAAAUUGUUAUCCGCGUAGUUUUUAAGUUUCGACCAAGUUCUCGCGUGUAAAUACUCAAGGACUGUCUUGCAUUUUACCACUGCCUUUCUUUCGUUUUUGUAUUUUUAUUGUUUUUUUUUUUAUCGUUCCUUCGCAACUUCACUGCCCACUGGCAUUUACGAUUCGAUUUACAAUGGAAGGGAAGGCAAUCGUAGCGGAGAAAUAACGAGGAUGCCUCUAGAUGCAAUUCAGAUUCGGUGAUGAGAAUGUUUGACGAAGCUUAUUUUACUGUUGAUCAGGAUCUCGCGCGAUACAAACCGACCAUUGAUAACAUUAUUAUCAUGCAGACGGGAUUUACGGACGAGGAGCCGGAUUUCUCUCGUAUCGUGAACAUUCUUCAGGGAUAUGCUUUAUGGCUCGUUGCAGUAAAACGCAGGCAUAGACCCGAGUGUCUUCGUUGCGUUUGAAUUAACGAAGUGAAAGCAAUCGAAGAUUCACGACUUGGAGGCUAAAGGGAAGAGGGAAUUCUGAAAAUUACCUUUUUCUUUAUAUCCAAGGUAUGCAACAGCUGGGUUCAACGCUGUGCGUAGGUAGUCGCAAGGGUAUAUCAAUUUGACAGAAACAAAAUUAGAGAGUUCUUAUAAUCUUACAGGUAUGAAAAUCUCCCUCGAUCCAAGUUUGAACACGUUCCAAAAAUAUAAAUAUUUAAUAAUCUCUUGAGCAAAAUUCAAAAAAUAUAAACCUUUCGUUUCCGUUUGUAAAUCCAACCCCAACGGAGACACUCGAGUGUAUAAUUCGAGACGCCUCUGUCCACGGGAGAUUUCAGUAAAUAUCUUGGAAUUCAGAAAACGAUACUCCAAGAAAGUAGAAAACAGCGUAUCCUCGCGUCGGACCAAACGACUCGAUGAAAUUUUCCCUCGGUAUUUUCCGUUCCCCGUAGCGCAGUGUUGGGCAAAAUGUAAUCCAUGGUUACGAUCACGAUAACACCUCGAGUUACGCGAAUUUACAGACACCUGUCCACCCUCCUAUAUCCUCGUACGUACUUUGUAUGCGUAUACAUAUACAUAUACGCAUAGAGAAGAAAGUUUUCUCCAAUUUCUUUCUUUUGCUGGAAGGAUUGCAGGUCUGUUCAACUGCAAUUUGCUUCUGUAACAAAAAUUGCACGCGAAAUCUAUCGUAGGGAGGAAAGAAAAAGGCUGACAGGAAUUGUUAGACGUAAUACUGAUGGUUCUCAAAGCCAAGACUGAUAUUUAUUCUUCCCUACGAUACAUUGUAGAUUUUUUAUCUUAAGUGUGGAUGAUACGGUACAGUAGAACCUCACUUAUUCGAUUACUAGGUCAGAUAAUAGAGGUCCACUAGCUAUCCCCUCCGUGAUAGUUUAGGUAACAAAAGUUAGAGGCUGCUAGAGGGUGCUGAGUUCAGGUACGGAGGGUUAGGGACUACUGAGCUCGGCUGCAGGAGACUAGAGACUACUAAGCUUAGAUACGGAGGACUAGAGGUCACUGAGCUAAACUACGGGGUACUUAGAGGAUACUAAGAUCAGCUACGAGUUCCCAUAUCCGAGGCCGAGCAUAAUUUUGUUCGUAUAAAUAAACGAGGCGCGGAUAAACGAGGUUCUACUGCACCUAAAUCUAAACUACUACUAGCGAAUGUGCCCGUUACAGUAAUCUGUGGAAGUUACAAUGCUAUUUGUUAACUUCUUCGUCUCGUAAACAGAUAACUUCGUAAUGAUCCACAUCUCAAAAGGAUAUUUCCAAACGAUUCAAUCUCACCUUCACCUUAUAUCACCUUAUAUUUACAUUCAACCGCGCAAGUCGAGGAUUUACUUUUCCACCUAAUCGGCACUCACGAUGAAAAGAUCGUCGAAUCACCAGACACGAUCAUCUCCGAUAGAUCACAACUUACAGAUUUUUGUUUGCAGAUUAAAAAUUGUACCGGUUAAUCCGCCAACUAUGAGCGAUCGUUGCUAAGGUAAUCGCUAGACCACGGAUUUUUAUGCAUUUAUGACGUGCAAUAAAAUAGAAAACAUACAUAAAAUAUACACAAUGUGUGUCGAAUAUAUUCUAUAAUUAUUAUGAUAAUGUUAUUUCGUUUCGCAUAACGUCUCGCAUACCUUCUGGUUAUGUUUAACAUGUAUUUAUUACAUUAGUUUGUAUCGUGAAUGCAAAAGAUCCGCUGUAAUUACAAAGGUGUCGCGUCGCGGCGACAAAGGAAUCGGUAUCGUAGUCACAAAGGAAUCCAUCGCCCAACUCUGCCCGCGACUCGUCGAACGGAGGAACCGUCCGCGACGGAAUUCGAUUUGUAAUCCAUUACCGUCGCGAUUGCACAACUCCUGUUGCGUUAGCAGGCUUUGACAGGGAUUUCGACGAACGUCGAAUAAACAAAGACUGGCGAAGCAUCGACGUGCGCGAAUCUUCGCGGAGCGGGUGUUGCGCCGUGCAUCCUCGCUGAGCGGCGACCCUGGCACAAGUGAAUUCAUGCUAAUUUUAGUUAGACAGAACGAACCGGAGCCGCGUAAAAGGAGCAUUACGGAUGUCGACGGAAGGUCGCGGGAGAACGCGAGACGCGGAUGAGCCAACGAUCAAAGAGAACCACGGUUAGGGAACGGGCGGUUAGAGGACGCGAUCAGGUGGUAGAGAAAAAGCAAAGAGGGAGGAAAGAGGCGACGAGACCAGCAACGACAUCGGACGAUCCCAAACGAAGAAGUCGAGAAACUUGAAAGCGAAACCGAGAGAAGCUGCGACGGGAGUUUAUUAGAAAUCGUGAUACUGAACAGGAUAUCUUGUGAUAUGGAAUUUAGGUGUAUUUGGGGUUCGCAUCGGUGAACAUAGAUAAAUAUAUAUAUAAGUAUAAAUAUAAAUAUGAAGUGCGUAUAUAUAUAUAUAUGAUUAUGUUAUGUUGUAACGCUAACUAAAACGCCACGGAUUAUAAGAGCACAUGCGUAGUGAGAUGUAGCUAAUAUGCGUUAUGAGGAGCGAGAAAGAACAACGGGUUCGUGAAACGUUUGCACGGUGUAUAAUGGUUGUCUUUCACGAUUCCUGUUCUCCGUUCUUACUUUUCUUUUUCUUUUUUUCUUUUCCUUUCUUUUCGUUUUUUUGUGAUUAUAACGUUCUCGUUCGUGUCGUUUCGGAGACUUGUACAACCGCGAUCGUGCUGGCCGUUUACCGAUUCAUUUCUUGAAGAAAGAAUGAUCGUCGCAUGUGGUGGGGGGCAAUUUUUCGAUACAACUACCGUACGUCGAUUCAUUCGGAGAUGAACACACUUACUCGAAUAAAAAAUGUCUGAUGACGAACAAAAGAUAAACCAUCUCCGAGCAACUUUUUGAGUAAAUAAUUCUUUCUCUAGAUUCUUUUCUACUAAUGCAAAAGGAUCAAACAAAUUAGUACUAAUUUCACAAACACAAGUUCUUUUUUUAAUGCUUAACUUGACGCAUUUACUUUAAUUUAGCACAUCGUUUAAUCGAAUACCAUUCGUACCGCACUACAGAGUAAAUUUAUUCGUCAUUUGUUAUUCGAAUAAAAUUGUGCUCAUCUCUCUUGUACACACUUGUUUCCGGUGUAUCGCAUCGAAGGCUCGCCCUCCUGGUCGAAGAAGAAACAGAAAACGAGCGCCGUCGAUCGAUCUUUAGAUCCAAGAUCGAUCGUUAAAUACCACUGCCAAUAUAAUACCUUUCCUAAAAUAUUUCGGCUCUCGUUUUCACGCAAGGUACAAGCGACGUCGCAUUGUAUUAUUUGCAAACCUAGUCUCCCCCCAAUCUCUGACGAAAUUUUAAUAAUUCGCGUUGCGCUCGCAUGAUAUUAUAUACCCGUCGAAAUGCGUUUAUCUCCGUGUGUCGUGGUGUCCUUCCUGUUUUUGUUUCUUUAUUUUAUGCAAAACGGACACACACACGCGCACACACACACACACACAUACACGCAGGGAACGUUUGAAAGUGGGAAGACCUCUUAUCGGUCACUCUGCUUCAACUGUGAUUAACGUUGCGACAGGUUCGUUGCUUGUCCGUGCAAACUUCGGCUCAAAAGACUAUCUUUGUGUGCGCACCCGUUUGACGGAUCUCGAGGAAGAUUGCGCGCGGAAAAUUGAUUCAGGCCUGAUACACGAGUAAGCGAUUAUCGAUCCUCAUCUUUUUCUUUUUUUCUCUCGCUUAGUUUCUUUGUUUUUCCUUUUCCUUUUUCCUUUCUAGGGCUUUUUACCCGCUCAUGCAACGCGACCCGGCGUCGAUCAGGUUUAAGCGACAGACUCCGAGCAUGUAAACGCACGGGCAGGAUAUAAGGGCAGGUUUCAAGGCCGUGGCUUUAACUCAAGGCGUACGAAACUGCGUUCCGAUUAUCUGGAAGACGCGCGAGGAUUCCUCAUCGCGAUGAAAACGUUAUCGGAAAGGGAAAGUAUUGCGGUACAGUUUUCGUUGCGUGCUUCCCUCUGGUCUAAGGUGUACUAUCGAUUAUUAUAUCGGAAAUAGCGGGGUGGCAUUUUCAAUUUGAAUGGUGGCCAGGUGGUCAGCGCGAGCAUUGUCGUUAGACUGCGGAUGUUUAAGGGCGUUUAUUAAUUACGUAAAGACAAUUUUGGCUAAUUUCAACCCCCUUCGUGUAAGGACGCGUAAGAUCUCCUCUUCUCCCUCAUCUUAAAUGCCUUUAGAAAAGGUUCAGUUACGCUAAAACACAUUAUUAUUUGACAUCAAUCGAAGAUUCUUGUUUUAAUGAUAUUGGGUUUGUCCGGAAAGUCCAUGUCGAUUUUUGGUAGGUAGUACAGGUCUGAGUAUAUCGAAAUGGUUGAAAACAAAUAACAUGCAUACAUCCCUUAAAAAGUGGAAAGGUUGUGGAACAAAAUGGCAUCUAUGUAAUUCAAUAAAUAUGUAUUAAAAUGUCAAACGUGUUUUUGAAUUUUUCUUAGAAAUUGACACGAACUUUCUGGACAACCUAAUAAUAACAACAGUAAUGUAUUACGUAAGAAUGAUUUUCACCCCUUCACCUAUUAAUUACGUAAUUAACGAAUGACCCCUUAUGCAUUUAUGCCAAAUGAAAGUAUGAGGAUUCAUAAGAAUGUGAACACGCGCAAAAUUGUAUAAAAUAUCAUCAUUGAUACACGUGUUAUACCAAUU